AUGAACUCUGUAGCAUCUGGCCUUCCUCGUCAGCCCUUGGUCCAACUUCUAGAUGUCCACUCGUACAACUUCUCCGGUGUCUUGCUAUUGUUUCUGCUCAUAUUUAUUGUGCUGAUAGUACUACUGCUCCGCGUAUACACCACCUGCCUCCUUAGAAAAAAGGUGAAUAUAGAGGAAGCUCUUUUACUUCAUGGCGACAAUGGCUGCUAUCCAUCCCCUCUCCCUAUCCUGGCCUACAAAUUCGAGGGCAAGCACAACGCUGCAGCCAAGCGGGCAGUUUGCUGGAGUUUGGCAGAAGAUAACGAAACGGACGGGGUCCUGCAAGUGCAAGCUGAGUGCAAGUGUGGCUUCCAUAAUUGGUGCAUUGAUGCAUGGUUCAUGUCAUGCUCCACGUGCCCUGCUUGCCAAACUCCUGUAGUCUCCGCGCAAGAGAGUAGAGACUGGGGGUUGGAGACUUCUGAUCGGAUGGCGGAGGGGAACAUUGUGCAGGAAGAUGGGUCUGCUGGGGAGCCAUCGAACAUGGAGGUCAGAACUAGCUUGGCAUGCCACUCUCAGACGCCAGCUGAUGAUCUUCAUUUCUCUCUUCUUGUUUCUCGGCUUUCUCCCUGA